UCUCUCUCUCUCUUUGUCUCUCUGUCUUUAAGAAACCUUUCUUCAUUGUUUCCUCCUCUUCCUCAAUCUCUAGAGAAGAAGAUGAAGACGUCAAGCUUUGUCUUCCUUUUGGUUGUAAUAAUCCUAAGCUUCUCACUACUAGCUUCUUCUUCUGAAAUGAAAGUGGGGUUGGAGGAUUACAAUUUUCCAGUGGAUCCAACUCCGACGACAAAAGCUUCGAUAAAACCAGGUCCUAUUGAGCAUGGAACUCCUCUCAAUCCUUAUAUUCCUAAGCCUCCUUCUCCUUCUUCGUCUCCUCCUCCACAGCAAUCCCAAGACGGUGGAUAACACCAAAUCUUUUCUCUGAUUUAUUUGCCCCGUGAAUGUGAUCUACGCACUGUUUGUAGUUAUAAUUCCCACGUUUUUUUUCUUCUUUCUUUAUCUCUCUUUUGUACUAACAUUGUCUUGUCGUCGCUACGUUAAUUAAUUUCCUUUAUCUGCCAGCUCGUGUGUUAGUAAUGUCCAUUUUGAGGUAUGGGAAUUUCGGCUAUUAAUAUUUUUAUUUUGUGGAUUCAAUCUCUUAGCUCUGUACAUA